CGCCGAAGAAAGAUGGCGACCGAUCAGCUGUUAGUGUUUUUGACGUUUAGUCUGUGUUUGUGAAGUUUUCGGAUACUGUUUUCGAUUUGUUGUGCUGCUAAUUGUUUUAUUGUUUCUGUUGGGAUUUUUUUGCGACAGUUGGAUUAUUUUGUAGCUUUCUAGAGAGCUCUCGGUUUCACCGCCGGGAUCACAGCGAUCCGCUGUGUACUAGUGUGAACGAUGUCGCUGUACAAGUUCGUGAAGACCUCCACCUCCACGCGGGAGGGUCGUGGAGUGUCCCCUGGCCGACUGUUUGUCGAGGGUCGCUCGGAGGACGACCAUGUGAGAUCCAUGGAGGCGGUGUACACCAGGAGGCAUCUGUCCACGGACUACCACGGGAGUGCGGAGGAGUCUAGACACUCUGCGAGACGUCCUGGCGGCGUGAGGAGCGUGACGACCCGGGUGGUGAGGAAGACGACGACGUUGACCAGAGGGGAGGAACGCAGCGUGACCGAGAGUCUGGUCAGGGAAGGUCAUCAGAGGUUGGAGAAUGUGGCGCUGGAGAGGAGUCAUGACCAUCGGGCGAUACAGGCCAAGAGGGCGAAGAUCUCCGACAUUGUCGUGGGCCAGGAGCCGAACGUUUCAGCCAAGGAGGUGCUGCUGAGAUGGGCUCGACGCUCGACAGCCAAAUACCCUGGCGUCCGAGUCAACGACUUCACCUCCUCGUGGCGCGACGGGCUUGCAUUCAAUGCACUCAUACACAGAAACAGGCCCGACCUGAUAGACUGGCGCAGUGUGCGCAGCGUCACCAUCAGGGAGAGACUGGAGCGAGCCUUCUACGUGGCUGAGAGAGAGUACGGCGUCACACGCCUGCUGGACCCUGAGGAUGUGGACACUCAUGAGAUUGAUGAGAAGUCCAUCAUCACGUACAUCUCAUCACUGUACGACGUGUUUCCUGAGCCCCCGGCACUACACCCCCUUUACGACUCUGAGUCACAAACGAAAACGAACGAGUACCGAGAGUUGGCAAGCAUGCUGCAGACGUGGAUCAGAGAGAAGUCUGCGGUGAUGUCCGAUCGCAGCUUCCCCUCUACGCUGAUAGAGAUGAAGAAACUUGCUGCGGACAGCGCGAGGUUCCGCACAGACGAGGUGCCUGUGAGACAACGAGACAAGACGCGGCUGCAACAGCUGUUCAGGGACCUGCAGAAAUACUUUGAGGCAGUGGGUGAGGUAGACCUGGACCCAGAGCUGCAUGUGGAUGUCAUCGACCGCAACUGGAACAGACUCAUGUUGGCUCACCAGGAGCGAGACCAGGCCAUACAGGAUGAAAUCAAGAGGCUGGAGAGACUGCAGAGGCUAGCGGAGAAGGUUCAUCGAGAAAUGAAGAGGUGCGACUCCCGUCUGGAGGAUCUGGAGUCCAGAAUACUGGAGGAGGCGAGGCGACUGGACAGACUACAUCCACUGGACGCUAAACACAACGUGGACAUACUGGAACAGGAGCUGCGCGCCGUGGAGGAGAACAUACAGAGCAUGUUUAGUGAUGUGACCACUCUGCGUGAGGGACGCUACCCUCAGGCCGGCGACCUGGAGAAGAGAGUACAGAAGCUGCACCAGCGCUGGGUGUCUUUGCGCUCGUUGCUGCACCAGAAGCUGAUAACACCACUCAGUACGCUCAGUUUCCCUGUGGUGGAGGAGCGCACAGUCACUCGCCAGACACACACUGUGAUGGAGACAAGACUGGUCGACACAAACACUCACUUCCGAGCACUGCAGGAGGCGAUCGAGUGGUGCCGCACCAAACUGAAACAAAUCCAAGAGGCGGAGUACGGGUCAGACCUGAACUCUACACAAACCGAGCUUGAACUUCACCAGAGGGAACACAAGAUCAUAGAGCAGUUCCAUAGCAAGGUGGAGCACUGCAUCAACGCCAAGAAAAACUUCCAUGGCGACGAGCUGAACCUGUACACGCAGCAUUUGAACAGCCUACAGAAACUGUACGCAGAACUGCUGACGUCCAGCAACAAGCGUCUGUCUGAUCUGGAGACACUGUUGGACUUCAUACAGAGCGCGACCAAUCAGCUGGUCUGGCUCAAUGAGAGGGAAGAGACGGAGGUUACGAGGGACUGGAGUGACAAGGACCUCAAUGUGUCGGCCAUCGAGCAGUACUACGAGCAUACAUUUGGCUCUGGAUAUGAGUCGCUGAUGAGUGAGCUGGAGAAGCGAGAGAUCCAGCUUAGCUCCGUGCAGGACCGAGGCGAGGCGUUGUUGCUGCAACACCACCCGGCCACCAAGUGUAUCGAGGCGUACAUGUCUGCGCUACAGACACAGUGGGCGUGGCUACUACAGCUGACACUAUGUCUAGAGAAACACCUGAAACACACGGCGUACUAUCAGCUGUUCUAUAGGGACGUCAAGGACACCGAGAACUGGAUCAACAAGAGAGACGAGAUGCUCAACACAGUCUACAGUCAGUCAGAGUUCACCCUGGACGAGGGAGAGAGACUGCUCAAGGGUAUGCAGGAGUUGCGAGAGGAGCUCAACACGUACGGCGAGGUUGUGGCAACACUGGCCGAGCGAGCACAGAAUGUGGUACCUCUGAAGCAGCGACGUGCACCCGUCGUUCGGCCACUGCCUGUGCUAGCAGUGUGCUCUUACAAGCAGGACAACAUCGUGAUAGAGAAAGGCGAGCAGUGGGUGUUGCACGAUAACAGCGGCAGAGUGAAGUGGCGCGUGAGCAACGGUAGCAACGGCAGUGACUGCAACGUGCCCGGCGCAGUGUUCCUCAUCCCUCCGCCAGACAAGGAGGCGCUCGACGCAGUGGAGAGGCUCAAGCGCCAGUACGAGCGCACGCUGGCCCUGUGGCAACGCAAGCAGCUGCGCAUGAGGCAGAACAUGAUCUUUGCCACCAUCAAGGUGGUCAAGAGCUGGGAUCUUGCACAGUUCUUAGCGAUGGGUGCAGACCAACGCAAUGCCAUUCGCAAAGCACUCAACGAGGACGCAGGCAAACUGCUUUCCGAGGGUGAUCCAGCCGAUCCGCAGCUGCGCAGACUCAAGCGAGAGAUGGAUGAAGUCAACAGGCUCUUUGACGAGUUCGAGCGCCGCGCUCGUGCCGAAGAGGAGGGUAAGAAUGCGGUGAGGCAGUUGACGGAACAGUUGUCCAACCUGCAACAGAAGCUAGACGAGGCUGAACACACACUGAACCUGCGGCUACAAGCUCCUGUGCCACGGGACCUCGACUCCCUGGAACAUCUUGUCAUCCAGCACAAGGACUUUGAGACUAACCUCAAGAGUCUGACUGGAGAGGUGGACGCUGUCCAGGCCACGCUGCGCUCUGUAACUCGCAAGACACCGCAACUACAAGCCAAGGUGGAUAAGGUACUCACUCAGUGGAACUCUCUCUGGAACUCUUCACAUCUCUACAUUGAGAGAUUGAAGUGUGUGGAAAUCAUUCUCACGGGACUCGACGAGUGUAACAACGUCAUCUCUGAGUUUGAGCUAAAACUCGCUGCCUUCCAAGAAAUGCCUUCAGAGUUUGAGAGUUUGCAGACGGUACACAAACAGCUGGUGUCGCUGCAGAAGGAGGUGGCUGCGACACAGCCGUCCAUAGAUCAGCUGGUCGAGGACUCUCACAACUGUCGUCGUCUGGUGGAGAAGUCUCGCAGCCACGUACACCACGGCGGUCCACACAUUGACCUUGACAGGGUAGACACUGAUGUCAACCGAGUUGUACAGAGGUGGAAUAACAUCUGUUCUCAACUCGUUGACAGGGCACGCAGCUGCGAGGCAGCAUUCAACUUACUGUCCAAGUUCAAGAACUCGUACCAGUCGGAGGUGACGAUCAUAGACGAGAGCUACAAACAACUCAACUCCAUUCCAGCCGUGCAAGUGAAGGAAACCAUUGACCUGACUAAGACGCUGUAUACGUCAGUGCUGGAGCGAGCCCCGGCAAUGGAACAAGUUAACAUGGACGGCGGCCGCUUUAUACGGGAGGCAAAGAUCUACGACGCAGGCCUGACCCGCUACAUGGAAUGGCUGACGGAGGAGGUCCACCCUAGUCUGGACGCUGGGUCGCGCAAGAUGGCGCGGCGCGAGGGUGGCGCAGAGCUGACGGCGAGGGAGCUCGAUGUUCUCAACCACCGGUACGACAAACUGUUGGAGAUACUUUACGAGAGGCUGCAACGCAUCGCUAAGACUGACCCUCAACUUCAGGCGGAGCUUGCAGACAUGAUGCCUCGGCCAAUCAGAACGUUCAGAACAGAGUUCAGCAUCCACGAACACUCCAGCGAACAAACCAGAUAUUCCUCUACCACCAGGUACUCUUCAGAUACAGUGGACUCGACACAGCUCAACUCUAGUGAAAAAAUUUCAAAAUCGUUCGCGAGUGUGAAAGUGUCGAAACCCGCCAACAGUCGCGAAGAAUCCCCUGCAAAAUCUUUUCCCGACACGGUCAACGAAACAGUCAAAAUAGGUAACAAAGUGUCAACAAAUGGCGAAUCUAGUCCAGCAAAAUUUAGUACUAUGCAAUUCUCGGAAAUCCGAUCGUUGAAGCGGAUAAACAGGGUGGAGGAAGGAAUCGGAACGGACAAUGCGGAUAUCAUAGAGACUCCGGGAAUAAUCCACCCUCAGACCGGUGAAGUGUUGACUGUCGGGGACGCUAUUAGGUUAAGGGUGUUAGAUGUUCGGACUGGUAGAAUCAACAUGGUUGUGAAUUCGAAAACAGUGUCUGUUACCAUAGAAGAAGCUGUGGAGCACGGUCUAGUCAAUCCUACACUAGCGGAUCGGUUGUUAGGUCCGUGUGGAAUAGUGGAGGACGAGUCAAAACCCCAGCUGUCCCUCCUGGAAGCCAUCCAGAGGGAACUGUUGGACGCAGAGCGAGGACCUGCGGAAAGAGCAAAGGUAAGACAACCAGAAGAGAGAGGGGUUAGCAUUGCUGACGCUGUACGUGGAAACGAGAUAGAUCCGGAAACCGGUCUGUACUUGUUGAAGAACGGGAAGAAGAUAAGUCUGAAAGAAGCAUUCCAGUUAGGUUUAUUAAGAAAAGAUACAAAAGUCAACAAGAGGAAAGGUGUCGCAUUGGCUGAUGCAGUUGUGCAAGGAAUCGUGGACGAACGAACGGGACAGAUUGUGGAUAGGUACACUGGAGAUAAAUAUCCUGUGGAAGUGGCAAUAGAGAAAGGUCUCAUCGACCCUGACUUGAGAGAAGUAGUGGAGGUGGUAGGAGAUACCAAAGUGACUGUGGAUGAAGCAUUGAAGUCAGGCCUACUGAAGGAUGGCAAGUACAUGCAUAGCUUGUCUCAGGAGAAACUGCCUUUGAGGGAAGCUAAGAGGCGUCAACUACUAAUUAAACCGAUGACACUAAAAGAUUGUGUUGAUUUAGACGUGUUUGAAGACGGAUAUGUGAAAACUCCUACACAUAGAGCUAAGGUUACCAUCUUGGAGGGGAUAUCUCUCGGAGUUCUGGACAGUGACUCAGCCAAAUCUGUCACAGACACUAGAACUGAAGAGCUUUUGACUCUCUCAGAGGCACUUACUGAAGGUAUAAUUUUGCCUGAAGGAAAAUUUGUAGAUUUAGCUUCUAAUGAAGUAUUGACCAUUCCAGAAGCCGUAGAUAAGGGGUACAUAACUUCUGUAUCUAUUAAAUCCAUUUUUGAUAUCGAUGGCUUUAAAGAUCAAAAUACCGGUGAAUUUGUCAGUUUAAAUACGGCUAUCCAAAAAGGGAUAGUGAAAAAUUCUGAAUAUGUAAUAGACUUCAAGUCAGGAAAAACAAUCCCCCUUGAUGAGGCUGUGAAAUUAGAAUUAGUCCGUCCUGAAGUACUAGAAAUGCUGCAGAGAAAGAUAGGAAUAAAGUCAGGUGGCAAAGAGUUAACUGUGUUGGAAGCAGUUUUUAAACAGUAUUUAGACCCAAAGACUGGAAUUGUUAUGGAUAAAAAGACCAAAAAAGGUGUUCCUUUGGAUGAAGCAGUAAGGAAGAAGUUAAUAUCACCUGAAGGAGCGGCAUUAUUAAACAGUCUAUUAAAUAUCACUCUUACUACACAGACAGUUACCAAAACAAUAAAGCGCUACUCAACCAGUGUGACUGUGGCGGAAUCUUCGAAACUUGUAACAUUUGGUGAAGCCAUUAGGAAAGGUCUGAUUGAUGAAAAUACUCAAAUGUUCAAAGAUGAAAGUACCGGAAGAUUUAUGCCUGUUGAAGAUGCCGUUAAGGAAGGUUUGCUAGGAUUCCAAUCAGACUUGGGAAGCCCCAGUAGUAGUUGCUCCUCAAGAGAUGAAUCACCAACCAAAGGUUCACCGACGAAGAAACGAUCACCAAUCAAGGAAAGUGUCAAGAGAGCCCUAGAUUCAUUAUCUAGAACAGGAUCAGUCUCGCCCACGAAAAAGUCAUCGGGCGAGAGUUCUCCUGAAAAACAUGCAAAAAUGUCAGAAGAAUUUAUUGUAAAAGAGAAACUCAAAACAGAACGACAGGUGUUUGAACUUCCUCCUGAAGGGUGGUACCUCGGUGAAGCGAUAGAGCAGCAUCUGUUUGAUCCAGUCACUGGUCUUUUCAUCAUUCCAGGUACUGACAGGUUGGUUUCAUUUGAGGAAUGUAUUAAUCUUGAAAUUAUCAAUCGCAAAUCAGCGAUGGUUGUAGAUCCUAACAAAACAAAAAACAUAACUUUGACAAAAAGCCUUGAAAAAAGAAUACUUGACUCAACAGGCCAUUACUUCUUACAGGAUGGCAAGAAAAUUACAAUGAAAGAAGCAAUAGAAAAGAAGCGUGUAAUAUUGGAAGCUAGAAUGGAUAUAAAGCCUACCUCACAUAGAUUAAUUCAGGUAACAAAAGUGACUGGAAAGCCAGAUAUUAUUGAAGUUUCAGAAUCAGGUACGGACAGAACAACGUUCAAGGAAAUCAAACCUAAUGACAAUGAAUCCAACAUUGAGCCACUUCAAGUUGCUCCUGGUGUCAUUUUUGAUCCUGCGACUGCCUUGGUAAUUUUUACUGACAAUGGUAAAGCCGACAAUUUACUAGAUGCUGUGAAAGAAGGUAAAAUUGAACCCAGUAAAGUAAAAGUUAAAGAUCCAAAUACUGGCAAUGAAGUUAAUAUCAACGAAGCAAUCAAGAAAGGUAUAAUUGAUAAAAAUAGCGGUGAUUACAAAGAUAAAUCUGGUAGAAAAAUAAGCUUUGCAGAUGCUGCUAAGUUCGGUGUUGUAGCUGUUUUAGGAGCUCCAUUAGUUGCUGUGAGUAAAGCUGCGAAAAUGAUCCAAAAAGCGAUGGUUGUAGAUCCGAAAACUGGAGAAGAAAUACCAAUUGAAGUUGCUUUUGAAAGGGGUUUGGUUGACAAAGAGACAUUGGCUAAAUAUGAGCAAGCUAUGGAAGUGGAUGAUGAGGGAGGACUUUCCCCGGUCAAGUCGGUUCAAGUUGGAGAUAUAACCUUAACAGACACAAACCAGGCUGUAAAACCUGUACAUUCUGAACCAAGCAGCCUUCAAUCUAAAGAGCAGCCUAAAUACAAGACAUUAGAUACAUCCUUUAUAUCUUUGGAAGACGACACAAGACCAUCUGAAGCGGAGUUAACUAGAGCAAGAGUUACCACCGAACCUAAAUAUAAAGUGUCUAUUGGCCGGGCUCGAUCCCUGUCUCAGAGCCCCGAUAGAGAGGCCAAACCAGUUGUCUUGCAGAAAAUGCGGAAGAAAAUCGUUAAACCUAAAGAUGCCGUUGAUGUAGGCAUAAUAGAUAAAGAAACAGCAGAGAUUUUAGAAAAGCCUGAAAGUUAUCAAACUAGAAGCGGAGAAAAACUCAGCCUAUCUGAGGCUAUCAGUUUGAAAACCUUAGAUGGAAACACUGGCGCAAUAAGAGAUCCCCAAAGUGGAGAGUUACUUACAAUAAAAGAAGCGAUGGAGAAAGGUAUCCUGGACUCAGCAGGGUCUUCAGGUAAACUUUUGAUUCCGAUUGCAAGAAGUCUUUCCAUACCAGCUGUUUUAGAACAAGGUCUGUACGAAAAUGGUAAAAUUGUGCAUCCAGAGACUGGAGCUCAUCUCUCUCUUAGAGAAGCGAUACUGUGUGAAAUUGUUGAUCCAAACUCAAAAAUAACUGAUCCAAACACAGGAAUAAAAAUGACAUUGGAAGAAGCAAUUGCCAAAGGAAGUAUCGAUGAUGAAAAGACUAGAGUAAAAACUAGAAGAGGGUCCCUAGAUUUGUUGACUGCAGUUGCUGGUGGGUUGUUUGAUAAAGUUGAUGAGAGGAAAGGACUUGAUCAGCUUCCACCAGCAGGAAUGACAUUUCCUGUGGCCUUGAAGAGAGGGUUGAUUGACCCAGAUUCUCAGGAAGUUGUUCAUCCGGUUACUGGUAUAAGAAAACCAGUGCAUGUAGCAAUUCAAGAGGAUUUUAUCAUGGCGUUACCUUGUCCAGUUUCUCCUGACUGCAUGCAGGUGACUGAUGCUUUAAAUUCAAGACUCAUUGACAGUGAAAAGGGUAUUUUUAUCCACCCCAAGACUGGAGAAGAAAUCCCAAUUUCUGAUGCUGUGGAGAUGGGACUACUUGUACUAAAACCACCAACUGAUGAAAUUGGAGGGCCAAUAACCUCGAUUACUGAGACUGUAAAGAGUUUUGAAACUAUUACAACUAAAACAAUUGUGCUUCAACAAGGUUUUACUUUAAUCGGUCCUGACACAAUUAAAAAUAUCAACACAGGAGAUGUGUUGUCUUUAGAUGAUGCUAGAAGGAAAGGAAUUGUUAAGGAUGAGUCGGUAACAAAAGAAGAAUCGUCCUCAGUUAAUCAGGAUAGAGGGAACGGCAGUAAUUUGAAAGAGUACACCAAAGAUGCUGAAUGCAACUUAGUCAAAGGAAAGUCUUUGCAGAAAGGUGCAGACUCAGCAAUUCCAGAUACGGAAACAACAGAAGGAAACUUGAUUGCAAAACAACAAGUUGCCAUUGAAGAAGCUUUCAACAGUAUUUAUGAUGAGAAAUCAAGGAAAUUCAAAGAUCCAAAAUCACCUAACAAACUGUUGACAUUUAAAGAAGCCUUGGAUGCUAAAUUAAUAGACCCUGAAGCAAUGAUUGUUGAUGUGAAUACAGGAGAGCCCAUAACUACAAGAGAAGCUGUAGAAAGAGGUAUUAUUGAUCCGAAAACUGGAGCCUUGAAGGAUAAAAAAUCUGGUGGCAGUUUAAGUGUAAAAGAAGCUGCAAAACUGGGUCUGUUGGCAGUAGUGGGGGCUCCAAUUCUUGCUGGUAAGGCAGUUGCUGAUGCUGUAAAAAGUUUAAAGAAGAGCAAAUCCCCUGAAAGAAAGAAGUCUGUGGAAAUCCCUGCAACACAGAUUACAAUUAGAACAUCGAAAACUCCCUCACCGCCUAGAGAAAUUCCAACAAAAAGUAUACCUCUUAAAGAAGCCAUUCAUUCUGGUAAAAUUCAACCUGAUCAAUGUUUUGUCACUGUACCUGUCGCUGGAGAAACAAAACGAAUCUCUGUAAAGGAUGCUCUUGAUAGAAAUCUAAUUAGUCUGAACAAUCCUAUUGAAGUUCUUGGGCCCGCUGAAAUAUCAGUUGUAGAUGAGAAAACAAAAUACAAAGUAUCCGUCACUAAACAUUUAAACCCCAAAGAAUUAGCAUUAAGAGGUGCUUAUGACUUGAAAAGUGCUGAAUUUCUUGACCCUAAAACAGGUGAAGCUGUUGAUUUCAGUGAUCUUGUUGGGGAAAGUAACGUAUUUGACCCUCAAAUGAUAACAGUGAAAGAUCCACAAACUGGGGAACGCAUAUCUUUAGAAGCAGCCCUUGCAGUUAAUUUGAUUGACCCUGAAACAGGCAGCAUAACAGAUCCUGAUACUGGAAAAAUAAUACCUUUCUUUGAGGCACUCAAGCUUGGAUGGGUGGUACAGACUGGUGAUCAAACUAAAAAGACUCAAAAGAAGGCAGAACCUGGAAUAUCACUCGUUGAUGCAGCUCAAAGUGGUAUUUUCAAUGCAGCAACUGGAGAAGUUAAAGAUCCAAAAACCGGUGAAGUUUUAAGCUUAGCAGAAGCUCUGGUAGUAGGAGUGAUUGAUCCAGAUCUCAUCACCAUCAGAAACCCAGCAAAUGAUGACCUUCUCUCAUUGGCUGAAGCUGUUGAUUGUGGCAUCGUGGAUCUCAACCGGGGUGUUAUCAUCAAUCCUGAGACAAAACAAGAAACAAGUAUGAAAACUGCUUUGAAUGAAGGCUUCUUGAUAUCUGGUUUAAGAAAACCCAUCUCCCUGGAGCCUGUGAUUAAAAAGGGAUGGUACACUUCUUCGGGUAAAAUACUAGAUCCUUUAACAAAGAAAGAGAUUGAUGUUAAUGAAUCUGUUAAAAGAGGAAUUGUUGACCCAUUCAUAACUGAAUGCAAAGAUACAAAAGAAAAUAAAUUCAUUACUCUCGAUGACGCCUUGACUACAAAAUUAAUUGAUUCUGAGGCUGGAAAAUUGAAAAAUAAUGUUUCAGGUGUUUUAGUAUUGUUGGAUACUGCUGUGGAACAAGGAUUGAUCCGUACAAACAGUGUAUCUUUUCCUCUCAUAGAUGCAAUAGUUCAAGAGUAUUACUCCCCUAAAAAUGGAAAACUACUAAAUCCCUGCAUUGGAGAAGAGCAAACUUUAAGAGAAGCGAAUAACUGCAAAUUCAUUGAUUACAGUUCGGUUUUAGUCAAAGAUGCACACAAUGACAAAGUCUUAUCAGUACCUGAGGCCGAACGUGUCGGGCUAUUGGACAGUGAUAAAGGUGUUUUGAAAUAUCCUGUACAGAUGACAUUAGACACAGCAUACGAGAAGGGAUAUUUGUUGACAACUCAAAAACCAUUGUCUCUCCAAGAAGCUCUAGCUCAAGGUUGUUAUGACUCAAAAACCGGAUUGAUGGUUAUGGGAGACGAAGACAAAAUAACUCUUGAAGAAGCCAUGAAAAUAGGAGAAGUCAACCGAAAUGCUUUAACUGUAAAAGAUCCAAGAUCCGGUGACAUAAUUACUCUGUCCGAUGCAAUAAAGAUUGGUGUCGUUGAUCCAAAGGCAGGCACAGCCACUGACCCGACAAACGGGGCAGAAAUGCACUUCUAUGAUGCUUUAGACAGAGGUUUAAUUGUCCCUGCUAAAAGAAAGUUUUCUCUACCAGAAGCAGUAUUCAAAGGAUUUUACGACCCUGUAUCCGGUAGGUUUACAAGUCCAGAAACUAGGGAAAAACUACAAACAGACAGAGCGAUUAGAAGAGGUAUAAUAGAUCCAGCGUCUACCAUGGUGAAGGUUGAUGGUAAAGUAAUGACCUUUGAGCAUGCUGUUGAGGACGGUAUUGUGGACGCCAAAAGUGGAACAAUCAAGUUUGAAAAUAGAAAAUUGGACUUCCAGGAAGCUUUUGAACAAGGGCUGCUAAUUGAAGUUCGGCGUCCUAUAACGUUGAAUGAAGCAAUUUUGAAAGGUAUUUACGAUGAAAGAACUGGUUUGUUUGUUGACCCAGCAACAGGUGACCGAUUAACUCUGCAACAAGCUAUUCAGUUAUGUCUCAUUGAUCCUGAUUCAGUUCAUGUCAAGGACACUAGAAGUGGUUUCCUGAAAAAACUAAAUCUUUCUGAAGCAAUAAAACACGGUUUUGUCGAUGGAACUACAGGUAAAAUUAAAGAUUUUUCAAAAAGUGGAGCGGAAGUUUCAGUCAUUGAUGCUUUUGAAUCUGGUUUGCUUGUUGACAGCAAAGCAGCAGUUUCGAUCCAGCGAGCCAUCCAUCAAGGACUGUAUGAUGAUCAGUCAGGAAAGUUCACAGAUCCUAACACAGGGAGGAAAAUCACACUUCACGAAGCGAUACGGAGGUUCAUCAUCAAUCCUCUUCUUCCAUGUUAUUGGGAUAAGAAACCUGAAAAACUUCUGUCCCUUGUGGAAACAUGUAGAGCAGGAAUAAUUGACCGAAGAGCUGGCAUGUUUAAAGAACCUGGAGCAAAUUGCACAGUGUCACUUUCUGAGGCAAUGGAAAUCGGACUUAUUGUUGAUAUUGAAAGUGCUGGAUUUGGUCUGUACGAAGCAAUUUCCAUGGGACUAUGUGAAGAGGGAAAAGUUGUACAUCCGUCAACAGGUAGAAAACUCACUUUGUGUGAUGCUGUAAAAGAAGAACUUAUUAAUCCUGUAUCUUCAAUAGUUAAAAAUACAAAAACUGGGAAAUACAUGAAAUUGCCAGAAGCUGUAGAAAUGGGACUGAUAGAUGACAUUGUUGGAGUAUAUCAAGUACCUGAUACAGGAAAGAUUCUAACACUGCAAGAAGCAAAGAAAAGAGGUUUGAUCGUGCCAUCGAAAAAACCUCUCAGCAUAGAAGAAGCAGUAAAAUGUGGGUUGUUCAGAACAGAUAGUGGUAAAUUUGCUGACCCUGAAAGUGGAGAGUUCUUUGAUCUACAUGAAGCCAUCAAUAAGGGUCUCAUAAAUGCGGAGACAACUGCAAUCAAGGAUCCAGUCACAGGUCAGCUAAAGAGUGUAAAUGCUGCAAUUGAAGAUGGAACUAUUGACAUCUCUAAAGGAAGAGUUUUAGAUCCAAAAACCAAACGGUCAUACUCCUUGGACACAGCUUUGCAAAAGGGCAUUUUAGUCACAGUUGAAAAACCACUAACAUUCCAACAAGCCGUCAGAAGGGGUUCAAUCGAUUUCCUCAAAGGAACUUUUAAGGAUCCCAGAAGUAUGAGAGAGUGCACCUUGGAGGAAGCUAUUCAGUUUGAACUCAUAGAUCCUGAAUCAGCUGUUGUCAAAGAUCCGAAAACCGGGAACUUUUUGACAUUAAAGAAAGCAAUAGCCGACGGACUCAUAGAUUUGAACAAGAGAGCAGCUCUUGACCCACAAACAGGAAAAGCUAAGAGCUUAUGCAUAAUGUUUGAGCAAGGAACAGUUGUGUUCUUGCGAGAACCCAUGUCAUUCGACCAAGCAAUCGAACAAGGCCACUUGGACACAUCCACAGGUAAAUUCACUGAUCCACAAUCCAAAGAAGUCCUUACACUAAAAGAAGCCAUUACAUUAGGACUAAUCGAUCCCGAUUCUGUUCUCGUCAAAGACACUGCUAAGAAGAGACUGCUGAAACUCCCUGAAGCCUUCAGAAAGGGUGUGAUGGAUUCUGAAAAAGGAAAUGUAGUCGAUACGUCCACUUCAAAAUUACACUCGUUGCCGAAUGCAAUCGAAAUUGGUUUAGUGACGACACACGGUCUGUCUUUGAUAGAAGGUCUCGAUUACGGUCUGUAUAACCCCACCACAGGGAGUUUUACCGAUCCGUUUUGUACGAGUGGGGGCGUGAUGGAGCGAAGGCGUUUGAACCUAACAGAGGCUAUCAAGUCAGGCCUGAUUGACACUUCGACUAGUGUUGUGAAGGAUCCCGCCACUGGAGACAUUUCCACUGUGCAAGAUGCCAUUGCUAGAGAGGCCAUCGACCCUGUGGCGGGCAGGAUGCUUGAAACUACCUCAGGCAAACCUAUAGACCUGCUGAAGGCCAAAGAGAGGGGAUACAUCAUACCAGCUGAGGCCAGGCAAGCAAUGGAGGAGAAGUAUCGUCUAUGUGACGACACGCUGUCACAGCUGCUCGCGUGGAUUGCAGAAGUUGAGGAUCGUCUCGCCAAUCAAGACGUUGCGCAAGAAGAUGUCGACCAACUCCGCAACCAGAUCAACAUCUUAAAGCUGGUGAAGGAAGAGCUGGAGUCUCAGUCUCGUCCGAUCGCCAACUGUCUGGACCAAGUACGAGUAGUCGUAACCACCGGAGGGGAGUAUCUGUCAAGGGAUGAGGUCGUCAGCCUAGAGAAGAACGGCAAGUCACUGCGUUCACGUUACGAUCGCGCCAACGACCGUACCGACAAGCUACUGCGUCGUCUCACUGCCGCAAAGGACGAGCUCAAUAAGUUCAAGUCUGAGCUCACAACAUUCACUGCUUGGCUGGAGAAGGCGCGGCGCACGCUGGAGGACAGGGAGCGCUCGCUUGCUAACCUCAACAAGAUGGACGCUAGUCACGAGUCAACCAGGGACUUUGUGUCGGAUGUGAUCGCCCACCAGGCAGACCUGCGGUUUAUCACCAUGGCCGCACAGAAGUUCUUUGACGAAUCAAAGGAAUACCUGACAUGUCUCAACGAGUUCCGCACAUCGCUGCCAUCGCGACUGCCUCACGUGGAGCCAGUGGCACCGCAAGACUCAGCUGUCCGCAACACUGUGCAGACAAUCAGCUCUCAGUACCGCGACCUGCUGAGUCGAGCCAACGCUCUGAGUGACAAACUGAGCGGUGUCGGCGGACGACAACGGGAAUACCGCGACGCCCUUGACAAGGCCCGAGCGUGGAUGAGGGACGCAGAGCCAAGGGCAAACAAGAUCCUGUCCGAGCCACUGGCCGCAGACCCUCACACUCUGGAGGAUCAGCUGAGCCGAGCCAGGACACUCAACAAUGAGUUUGUGGCUCAGGGACGUCUCAUCGACAACGCCAAGCACGCCGUAGAGUCUCUAGUGCGAGCGGUGGAAGGCCAAGUGUCGUCUGCAGAGUUGGCAGCAUUGCAGGAGCCAGUGAGGGAGUUGGAGCUCAAGUAUCGCCAACUGUGCGACGGACUGGCCGAGAGGUGUCAGCAGUUAGAGACAGCACUAGUACAGAGUCAGGGAGUGCAGGAUGCUCUGGACGGACUGCUGGCCUGGCUAAACUCUGCGGAGAACACACUCAAGGACAUGACGAGACCUGUGAGUCUGCAGAAGGAGCGACUGGAGGACAGAUUGCGGGAACAUCGAGUGUUACAGUCUGACAUUGACUCUCACCAGUCGAGUGUGGAGAGUGUCAGUCGCACUGCGCAGGAGCUCGUCAACACAGCUUCCAACCCAAGACUGGCUAAGAAGAUCGAGACCAAGACAAGGGAUGUGGUCACCAGGUACGAAAAACUACACGACAAAUGUACUCGACUCGGAGAGAGCUUCUCAGAAAUUCACCAUGCUUUGAGUGCGUUCAGCGGCGAAGCUGCAGAACUAGAGAGGUGGCUCAGCGAGGCUACUGAGUCGGUGAGCGAGGCUACAACUGUCGCGAGGCUAGACGAGAUUGCCAAGCAGCGAGAUGCUCGCCGUGACCGUCUCGAGGCUACAUUGCGCGACGGACGUGCUUUAGUCAGCAAGAAAGAUGUGACGGACACCGGCAACGUCAGAGACAGAGUCAAGGGUCUGGAAAGCCAAUGGAGAGAGCUCAAUGCUCUACUAGAAGACCACCAGAGGUUGGGCAAGGCCAGAUCAGAGCAGUUACUAGCCUAUGAGAAGCUACGAGACCAAGUACUGGCUUGGCUCACUCAGACCGAGACACGAGUAGCGAGACUAGAGCCUGUGGCCCUGGACAUGGACACCAUCAAGCGACAAGUCGAUGAACUUAAGCCUCUCAUAAAGGAACACCGAGACUACGGCAUGACCAUAGACAAGGUGAUGGACCUCGGCAAUGCUUACGACGCCCUCACUCGUCCAGAGUCGCCCACCAGACGCAGGAGUUCCGUUAGUCCUGUCAAGCGAGUGUCUGUUACAGCUAGUCCUAUGAGGAGGACGUCCCAGGACGGGUCUCCUUCCCCCACCAAGGUGUCCGGAUUUGGACUCCAAAGUCCUGUUUCUCCUGGUGGCUCAAGCGGCUUUGGCAGUCGCAGAUCUUCUCAGGAUGGAUUCCACCUAGAAGAGAUGAGCCAAGUGCAAACGGAGUUGACAGAGAUGAGCCAUCGCUACACAAUGCUCGGCACGAAGCUGACAGACCGACAGUCGGAGCUGGACGUGACGAGAGAAGAGCUGCGUAAACAGCUGGAGCACCUCAAACAGCUGGCGCAGUUCCUGGACAAAGUUCAACGCUCUCUGCCCAAGGAGAGUGUGCCGAACAGUAAGGAGGAUGCGGACAAGACAGGCAAACUGCUCAAGAGUAUCCUGGAGGACAUGUAUGAGAAGCAGUCGCUGCUCGACAGCACCCGCAGUGGGGUCAGCGACCUUAUCAAACGUAAACCUUCAGCCAUCGGAGCUGACACUCUGCACGACCAGCUCACCGACAUCACCUCACGCUGGAAGAGUCUCAACGACAUCUGCAGGAACAGGAUACAACUGAUGGAGGAUGUGAAGGACUUCCACGACACUCAUGACAGUUUGUCCAACUGGCUGGCUGCGAAGGAGCGUAUGAUGACUGUCCUAGGACCGAUCUCGUCCGACUCUCGCAUGGUCCAGAGCCAAGUGCAGCAAGUUCAGGUGAUGAGAGAGGAGUUCCGAACACAACAGCCACAGCUGACACAUCUGACAACAGUUGGCGAGAGUGUGCUGUCGCGAGCUCCAAGUUCCGACGUCCAAGGCAAGCUGACGCGAGUGACAGCUCAAUGGGCUGACCUGUUGGGCAGACUGGACGAGAGGUUGGCCAGCCUGGGCGCAGCCGCCGACACCAGCAGGGAGUUUGAUGCUCAGUUGGUACGCCUGCGAGACACACUGCAAGGCAUCUCCGACCAACUGGACGACAUUCCAUUGGACAGGGAGCCUGAGGAACAACUUAGGAAGGUCCAGAUGCUAGAGAGACAACUAGAAGGAGUGAGACCGCUGCUAGCAGACGCUGAGGCAGCUGGCGCUCAACUGUGUGACGUGUUGAGUGACCCGGCGUCUCGUGCAGAGAUACAAGGGAAGCUACAGGCCGUCAACAGACAGUACAACACUCUACAGAAGAAACUGGAUCUGCGCAAGGCGGAGAUUGAGGGCUCACUCAGAGAUGGCCGUCAGUUUGAAGCGACCUGUGCUAAGACGCUGGGCUGGCUGUCGGAGGAGCUCGGCUCACUGUCUGAGAGAUUAUUGGUAUCAGCUGAUCGUGAAGUGCUGCAGCAACAAGUCGACCAUCACGAGCCAAUCUAUAAGGAGGUGCUGCACAAGGAACAUGAGGUGAUCAUGUUGCUGAACAAAGGUCGGGAACUGUUGGGCCGCAACAGCGGGUCUCAACGCAACGACACUCGCAACCUCCAGCGAGAUCUGGACAAGAUACAGCAACACUGGGAGAAACUGAGGAAGGACGUUGUAGACCGACAGACCAGACUGCAAACCUGCUUGGAACACUGCCGCAAGUACUACAGAGCUUUGGAGGCGUUUAUCCCUUGGCUCUCACAAGCGGAGAACAAAGUGGACUCGCUGCGGCCGGACAGUUUCAAGCGGCGCGAUGUAGAGAAGCAGCUCCGAGAGUUGUCUGCGUUCCGCAACGAUGUCUGGAAGAAGUCCGGAGAGUUUGAGAACCUGAGGACUCUCGGAGAAACGUUCUUGUCUGCUUGCGAUGUUGACAAGGAGAUUGUCAAGCAAGAGUUGGCUGCAGUCAAGGCCCGUUGGGACAAACUCAACAACGAGUUGCUGGAGCGCACACAGUGGCUGGAGGAGACUUCACGUCGUCUGCUAGAUCUCUCGGAACAGCUGAGAGACCUUGGCCAUGCUGUACAGAGGUGUGAAGACAAGCUAGCUUCACAUGAUGCUCUAGGUGGAGCAGCCAGGGACCCUAAGAUGCUUGACAGGCUCAAGGGGUUGAGAGAAGAAACGAUUGGGCUGCGUAAGCCGCUAGCAACAGUGCGACAGACAGCCAAUGACUUGGCAGCCGAGGCCAACGAUGCGGGAGUGCCGGGAGGAGCUCAACUACAAGAUGAUGUAGAGGGGUUGGCCGAGAGACUUGACGAGCUCCAGGCGAGACUGGACGACCGCUGCUCUCAACUACAGAGUGCGGCCACCGCUCUUACACAGUUCAACGAGCAAGUGAAGGCGUUAGGACAAGAUUUGUCUGGUCUUGAGAACGAGCUGGAUGCCAUGAAACCUCCGGCCCGAGACGUAAAAACUGUGCGCCAACAGAUAGACGACGUCAACAAGCUCAUUACUAAGAUCGUUCAUGCCAGUGAUGAGGUAGCCAAUGCAGUAUCUGCUGGAGAGAGGCUGGUAGACAACGGACUGACGCCAGAUGCGGCGCAGACACGAGAACAGACAGAGGCGCUUGGCAGACAGCUGGCGCGACUGGACGAGCGCGCUCGCACCAGGGAACAAGACCUGGAGAGUGUACUCAACAAACUACAGCAGUUCCUGCAACGCCAGGCUGAUGUGCUUGAAGAUAUACAACAGGCGUCAGAGGAGGUGAGGAGACUCAAGUCUGUGGGCUCUGAGGUUGAAGUGAUCAAGGCGCAGCAGGAGGAGUUUGCGCAGUUCCGCACACAAGUAGUAGAGCCAAUCGCCAAGACAGUGGACGAGGUGAACCGCCUCGGCUCUGGUCUGAUACAGUCUGCGGCCGGCGGAGUCAACACGUCAGGCCUGGAGAAGGACCUGGAGAAAGUGAAUGACAAAUGGAACACACUCAAGGAUAAGCUGAACGAGCGAGACCGCAAGCUAGACGUAGGUCUGCUGCACUCAGGCAAGUUCCAGGAGGCGUUGGAUGGACUUGCCAAAUGGCUGACGGACACUGAGGAGAUGGUGGCCAAUCAGAAACCCCCAUCAGCUGACUACAAGGUGGUCAAGGCACAACUACAGGAACAGAAGUUCCUCAAAAAGAUGCUGCUAGACAGACAGAACUCGAUGUCUUCUCUGUUCGCGAUGGGCAGUGAGGUAGCAGCCGGCGCAGACCCGAUGGAGCGCAAGGCCAUCGAGCGCCAACUCAAGGACCUGAUGACACGGUUUGACAACCUGACGGAGGGAGCUGAACAGAGAUUCGAGGCUCUGUCUCAGGCUAUGGCGGUGGCCAAACAAUUCCAGGACAAACUGGUGCCCAUCGUAGAGUGGCUGGAGAAGACUGAGAAGAAAGUCAAGGACAUGGAGUUGGUACCCACAGAUGAGGAGAAGAUCCAACAGAGGAUACGCGAACAUGAUGCAUUGCACAAGGACAUCCUCCGCAAGAAGCCCGACCUCACCGAACUUACCGAGAUUGCAUCUGCGCUGAUGGCUCUGGUGGGUGAAGACGAGGCUGCCGUAGUAGCAGACAAGACGCAAGACACAGCCGAGCGGUACGCCACGCUGGUAGACCACAGUGACCAGCUGGCCCAACUGCUACAAGCAUCGCGCGCCGGACUGCGUCACCUGGUACUUAGCUACCAGGACCUGCAGGCCUGGAUGGAGGCUAUGGACCAAAGACUGGCUAAGUACAGAGUGCUGGCUGUACACACGGAUAAACUGCUGCACCAGAUGGAGGAUCUAGCGGACUUGACAGAAGAAGUAGCCAACCACCAAGGAGACGUUGACGGCACAGUGGACUCGGGUCUGGAACUGAUGAAACACAUCUCCAACGAUGAAGCCAUCCAACUUAAGGACAAACUGGACUCUCUGCAGAGACGAUACAACGACCUUACCUCUCGCUGCAAUGACCUGCUCAAACACGCUCAGGAGGCGUUGCCGCUAGUACAGCAGUUCCACAACUCGCACAACCGUCUGGUUGACUGGAUGUUGGGAGCCGAGGGACAACUGUCUGUGGCCGAGCCUCGUGAGGACGACAUACAGCGACUCGAGCAGGACAUUCAAGAGUUCCGCCCAGUUCUGGAGAACAUCAACCUGAUUGGUCCACAGUUGUGUCAGAUCUCUCCAGGAGAAGGCGCCUCGACCAUCGAGGGACUAGUAACCCGAGACAACCGAAGGUUUGAUGCCAUUGCUGAGCAGAUACAGCGCAAGGCUGAGCGCAUACACCUAUCGAAACAGCGUUCCAUGGAAGUUAUCGGUGACAUUGAUGAGUUGCUGGACUGGUUCCGUGAAGUGGAGGCGCAACUGAGAGAAGCGGAACCUCCGAGCGCAGACCCUGAUGUGAUCCGAGUGCAGCUCAAGGAGCACAAGGCACUCAAUGACGACAUCGGCAGUCAGAAGUCACGAGUCAGAGAUGUCAUCUCUACUGCAAAGAAGGUGCUGCGAGAGUCAGCUCAACACGAGGACACCAGCACCAUCAGAGAAAAAAUGGAGGACCUCAGAGAGAACAUGGAGACAGUCUCGAGUCUCUCACGAGACCGGCUGGAGAUACUUGAGCAGGCGUUGGCGCUUGCUGAGCAUUUCUUAGAGAGUCACACGGAACUGAGCACCUGGCUUGACGAGAUGGAACGUCACGUGAGCAUGUUGGCCAUGCCUGCACUGCGGCCAGACCUCAUAGCCCAGCAACAGGACAAGAACGAGCUACUGGUGCAGUCCAUCACAGAACACAAGCCACUGGUGGACAAGCUGACCAAGACUGGAGAGGCUCUGAUCAGACUGACCAACGACGAGGACGGAGCCAAGGUACAGGAGAUACUGGACUCUGACAACGCCAGGUACGCAGCGCUGCGGUUGGAACUGCGGCAGAGACAACAGGCACUGGAAAAGGCUCUACAGGAGUCGAGCCAGUUCUCGGACAAGCUGGAAGGCAUGUUGCGAGCUCUCGCCAACACAGCUGACCAGGUGUCCGGGGCCGAGCCAGUGUCCGCUCACCCUCCCCGCAUACGAGACCAGAUAGAGGAGAACAACGCCAUGGUAGAGGACCUGGACAAGCGAGAGGAGGCGUUCCAAGCGGUGAAGCGGGCGGCUAACGAUGUUAUCAACAAGGCUCCUAACGCAGCCGAUCCAGCUGUCAAAGACAUAAAACGUAAGCUGGAGCGGCUCAACAGUCUGUGGGGUGAGGUGCAGCGCGCGACGCAGGACCGCAGUCGCAGCCUGGAGGAGGCGCUGGCCAUCGCAGAGAAGUUCUGGGAAGAGCUGCAGAGCGUGAUGGCCACUCUGCGGGAUCUGCAGGACAGUCUGCAGGCGCAGGAGCCUCCUGCAGUACGUCCCGAGGAGAUACAACAACAGCAAGAGGCGCUGCAGGAGAUCAGGGCGGAGAUUGACCAGACCAAGCCGGAGGUUGAGCAGUGUCGUGCGACUGGUCAAAGUCUCAUGAAGAUCUGCGGAGAACCAGACAAACCAGAGGUCAAGAAACACAUCGAGGACCUAGACUCCGCUUGGGACAAUGUCACUGCGUUGUUCGCCAAACGGGAGGAGAACCUCAUACACGCCAUGGAAAAGGCUAUGGAGUUCCACGAGACCCUGCAGGAGCUGCUGGAGUUCUUGGAAAGAGCCGAGGACAAGUUCGCCAGUCUGGGUCCGCUGGGAUCGGACAUUGACGCAGUCAAGCGACAGAUAGCUCAACUCAAGGCUUUCAAACUAGAAGUCGACCCACACAUGGUCAAGGUGGAGGCUCUUAACAGGCAAGCGCAAGAGUUGACCGAGCGCACAUCAGCAGAGCAGGCGGCUGCACUCAAGGAGCCGCUGUCCUUGGUGAACCAACGCUGGGACGAGCUGUUGCGCGGCGUGGUCGAGCGCCAACGCCAGCUGGAGAAUGCCCUGCUGCGUCUCGGACAGUUCCAACACGCCUUGCAGGAGCUGAUGGCCUGGAUAGAGGCUACAGACCGCACCUUGGAGAGAGACCUGCGUCCCGUGGCUGGCGACCCGCAGCUGCUGGAGGUGGAGCUCGCCAAACUCAAGGUGCUUGUGAACGACAUACAAGCGCACCAGUCGAGUGUUGAUACACUGAACGAUGCAGGACGUCAGCUGAUAGAGUCUGGGCGAGGUAGCGACGAGGCGUCGUCUACACAGGACAAACUUUCAACCCUUAACAGACGGUGGCGAGAGCUGCUGCAGAAGGCUGCGGACAGACAGACUGAACUGGAGGAAGCGUUGCGGGACGCUCACAGGUUUGCUGCGGAGAUACAAGACCUACUGUCCUGGCUGGGAGAGGUGGACGGUGUGAUAGCCGCCAGCAAACCAGUCGGUGGACUUCCAGAAACUGCUAGUGAACAGCUGGAGAGGUUUAUGGAAGUGUACAACGAGCUAGAAGAGAACCGGCCCAAGGUCGAGACAGUGUUGGCCCAGGGACAGGAGUACCUCAAGAAGUCACCACCAGGAGCAGCAGGCAACCUACAGACCAAUCUACGCACACUCAAGCAGCGAUGGGACAACGUCACUGCUCGUGCCAACGACAAGAAGAUCAAACUGGAGAUUGCACUGAAGGAGGCAACAGAAUUCCAUGACGCUUUGCAGUCGUUCGUGGACUGGCUGACCAACGCUGAGAAGACACUGUCCGGCUUGAAGCCUGUGUCGCGUGUUCUGGAGACAAUACUGCAACAGAUCGAGGAACACAAGGCGUUCCAGAAAGACGUGGGUGUUCACCGUGAGACCAUGCUACAUCUCGACAAGAAGGGAACGCACCUCAAGUACUUUAGUCAGAAGCAAGACGUCAUUCUGAUAAAGAACUUGCUCAUCAGUGUCCAACAUCGAUGGGAGAGAGUUGUGUCUAAGAGUGCGGAGAGAACUCGAGCACUCGACCAUGGAUACAAAGAGGCUAGAGAGUUCCACGAUUCCUGGUCAAACCUGAUGGGCUGGCUGAACGACACGGAGAAAUCCCUGGACGAGUUGGAAGUUGAGGCAUCUAGCAUUGGAAACGACCCUGAGCGCAUCAAACAACGACUGGCCAAGCACCGAGAGUUCCAGCGAGCGCUGAGUGGCAAACAGGCUACUUACGAUUCCACCAUGCGUGCCGGCAAGACGCUCAAGGAACGAGCGCCCAAGACUGACGAGCCGGCGCUGCGCCAGAUGAUGAACGAUCUGAAGGACAAGUGGAACACAGUGUGCGCCAAGUCUGUGGAUAGACAACGCAAGUUAGAAGAAGCUCUUCUAUUCUGUGGACAGUUCAAGGACGCUUUGGAAGCCUUGUUGGAUUGGCUGCAGAAGAAGGAGAAGGAGCUCGGAGACGACUCGCCAGUCCAUGGAGACUUGGACACUGUCGUGGCCCUGGUUGACCAACACAAGGCUCUGGAGGAGGACCUAGCAAGCAGAGCAGCUCAGAUGGAGUCUGUGCGCAGAACUGGCCAGGAACUAAUGGAGAAGGCCAGCUCAGCUGACGCAGCCACCAUCCGUAGUCAACUGAGCGAACUCAACUCGCUGUGGUCUCGCACCAACAAGCUGGCCGAGCGCAAGAGCACUCGACUGCAAGAGGCACUCAAGGCAGCGGAGAAACUACACAAGCAGGUGAACAUGCUGCUAGAGUGGCUCUCUGAUGCCGAGAUGAAGCUGAGGUUCGUCAACUCUCUACCUGAAGACGACCAAGAGACUCGGAACUACCUUGCGGAACAUGCCAAGUUUAUGAGGGAGAUGAAUGAGAAAGAGAGGGAGAAGGACGCUACGAUCGCCCUUGCUCACCAGAUACUGGCCAAGGCGCAUCCAGACGCAGUGCCUAUCAUCAAACACUGGAUCACCAUCAUACAGGCACGCUGGGACGAGGUGUCCACUUGGGCUAAACAGAGGGAACAAAAGCUGCAGCAACAUCUGCAGUCGCUGCAAGACUUGGACACACUACUGGAGGAGUUGCUCGCGUGGUUGGCAGGACUGGAGUCUACGCUGAUCACGCUGGAGGCUGAGCCGCUGCCAGAGGACAUUCCCACCAUUCAACAGCUGAUUGUCGACCAUAACGAGUUUAUGGAGAACACCGCCACGCGCACCUCUGAGGUGGACAUGGUAUGCAAGAGCCGUCAGCCGCCUGCACUCACCAAGCAAGAGAGCGCUCGUAAGAUGUCCGGCAAGAAGAUGAGCACAACUUCGGAAGACGUGCGCGGCAGCUCACAAGAUCUGCACGACGUGACACGCAAAGCAAGUUUGAAGGCAUCAAGGGAUAACUUGGCGGAUCGUCGCGGAAGUCGAGCCAGCGUGACAACCCGUGAUAAGCAGCCUGACAAUCUGCCUCAUUACGGUCCUCGGUUCCCACCUAAGGGAAGCAAAGGUGCCGAACCAGUGUUCCGCAACCCACACUGUCGUCUGCUAUGGGACAGGUGGCGUCACGUGUGGCUGAUGGCGUGGGAACGUCAGCGUCGUCUGCAAGAGCGACUCACCUACCUGGAGGAACUGGAGAAGGUCAAGAACUUCUCAUGGGAUCAGUGGCGCAAGAGGUUCCUCAAGUUCAUGAACCACAAGAAGUCACGUCUGACAGAUCUGUUCCGCAAGAUGGACAAGAACAACGACGGACUCAUCCCGAGGGACGACUUCAUCGACGGAAUCAUCAAAACCAAAUUCGACACAAGCAAAAUGGAGAUGAACGCAGUGGCCGACAUGUUUGACCACAACAACGAAGGCUUCAUCGACUGGAAGGAGUUCAUUGCGGCGUUACGGCCCGACUGGCAAGAGAAGCCCCCGACCACCGAAGCUGAGAAGAUACACGACGAAGUGAAGAGGCUUGUUAUGCUGUGUACUUGCAGACAGAAGUUCAGAGUGUUCCAAGUAGGAGAGGGCAAGUACAGGUUCGGUGACAGUCAAAAGCUGCGUCUGGUUCGUAUCCUGCGCUCGACUGUGAUGGUCCGUGUCGGCGGAGGUUGGGUUGCGCUCGAUGAGUUCCUCGUCAAGAACGACCCGUGCAGAGCCGAGGAGGUUCUGAACAUUCUGAUGCCGAUAUUCGAGACGUUGAGGCAACAAGAGUCAUUGCCUUGUUCCUACCCGUUGGCUAUGGGUGGCCGGCAACCCAUGGGUAUGGGUAUGCCCAUCACGGCAGCUUACACUUGCUCUGGGGGUCACUGGGUAAGGGAGCGCAGUGCUCGCAGUGUGCCGAUGGCCAGGUCCGGUCGCAUGUCAGGAACUCCUGACUCACUCAGUGACAACGAGAGCUCGCCACUGUACUCCCGCACUCCCAGGAAGGUGUCUACACCCAGCGGACGACGGUCCAGUCUCACGCCAGGUGGCAGUCUGCCUGGUAGUCGCAACAACAGCCGACCUCCCAGCCGCACUGGCAGCAAACCUCCCAGUCGUCACGGCUCCAACCUCUCUCUUGCCAGUUCCGAUGAUGGAACACCUAGUCGUAUCCCGAGGAGGUCGUUGACAGGGACACGCUCGGCCAGUGGGUCGGCCACGCCGCGCAAGCUCACAGUACCGACCCUCAACGGCAGUGCGAGUCGUACGAGAUCACCGUCCGGCCUCACCACUUCCUCCGCAUCAACGGCGUCUGCUAGGUCGUCUAUACCAAGGGCAUCUAGCAUCCCUACCAUAGCAUCUAACUCCACCUCCACCACCCCUGCCAGCCGGUCUCGUAUCCCAGUCUAUGUCGGGUUGGCAAUGAUGGAUGCCGUGCCAGUUUCUUCUUCUUCUUCCUCUGGCUGGACUUCAGGAAUACCUACUCCUUCAUCUAACAUUCCUCGACCUAUAAGGACAAGAACUCCGUCAGGAUCAUCGACCCCGGUGCCGGGAGGUCUGUCGUCGACCAAGGUUACUCGUAAGCCAUCCGGCGCAUCCGACACUUCGACUGGCGCAGCUCGACGGGCGUCCUCCAAGUCUUCCACGCCUACAGACCCUCGCGCACCAUUCCGUCUCUGAACUCUCGCUCACUACUUUGAAUCUCCAACUACUUAAUAGAUUUAUGAUACAAAAAAUCAGCGUGGAAUAGUCUUAGAGGCUGUUCCGCUCGGAACUAAAAAGACAUAGUUUAACUCUAUUAAUAUUAUAUUACCAUUAGUAACAAGUAACUCGACCUACCGUGUACAGUCGUAACGAGUAGGAUAACGACUAAACAUUUUACGUUGCGAACGUAUAUGCUAAUUCGAAUAUACUAAAAGUAUUUUUUGCAUUGCGAACUAAUAUUGUAAAUACGAGAUUGGAUUGAGGAGAAACAAGUGCCAUUGCUCAUUCGUGAAAGAUUUUUAUUGAGAAUCAAAGCAAAUAUGUAUUUAAAUCAAAUGUUAUAUAGUGUUAGCUGUUAAUUUAUUAAUACACUUUUUGUAUUGCGUAGUUAUUUUCUAAGAGUUGGGUUAGUUACUUUUUUAAAUUUUGGCUAUCCCAAGAAA